AUGUUGUCCGACUUUUUCUCUUUUGCUCUUGCUUGUAAUCUCAUUGUUAUCAUACCUUUCAGUGCAGCGACGGCAGACCCGUAUCCGAAGAUACUAGUCUAUGUGGUCAACAAGAAAAACAAUAGCACGAGAACCGAGACAAUUACCAAUACAGAGGUGGACUUGAAAGAUUAUACUCCUCUCUCAACCACGAAGACGACAUCAGUUGUCCUCCAAUUCGGUACCACCAGCAGAACCGAGAUAUUAACCUUCCCAUCGAUCCUCUACACGGAUUACCCGUCUAGCUACACCUUCUGUGGCACCCUUUUUAUAACAACUGCUGGGGUCGCAACAUGCCUGAAUUACCCGUGCGCCCAAGUCUCUGGGGAAUUCGACCCCUUCAAUAGUGACUCACCAGUCUUUGCCUUUCCGUCACAUCCACCCAUACCGGAUACUAUCCAAAAUAUAAGCGCAAGCUACCUAGCAUUGGAUCCCAGGGGCUCAACAUGGGAUGCUGUCUGGUCCUCCGACAGUGAUUAUGAGCCUCUGGUUAAACCGCUCAUGCCCGACAUGGGAGCUUGGAAUUGCUCACCAUACGGAACGUGGCCUGCUGCAGCCUCCGCUUUGAACACGGCGUUGUAUCUCACCGCAACAUCUACAUCCACCGAGGCCGGUGACGAGGCUGGCGUAACACCGGCGCCCAAAGCGAGUCCGCCGAAAGAAGCUCCCGACCCGGCAGCGGGCAAGGAACCAGCAAAAGUUGAGCCCCAAGCGGCGGAAGCGUCUCAGAUCGUUGCGAAUCCUUUCGGAGUUGGAAAACCAGCUGCCGUAGCAGAAAAGCCGACUCCUGCUCCGAGCCCCCCUUCUCCGCAAGAGGAGAACUCUGAUAUUGCUGCCCUUAUGCCAGUCUCAGGCCUCAACAACCAAGCCGCCACCGCCGUUCCAGCAGCCGCGGCUAAUGCUGUAGCGAACGUCGUCAUCAGUUCUACGAACGCCCAAGGUAGCAUCCUCGUCGCGACAUCCCAAGCACCUGGCGUAAUCGUCACAUCGACGAACGCUCAAGGCUCACAAGUUGUCACAACAAUACCUGUCGUCUCUCCGCAAGCCCUUGAUAAUACGCCGGAGCCCGCUCCGGUUGUUGUGAAUGGGCAUACCCUCACCACAGACUCACAGUCACACUACGUAAUCGCUGGCCAGAUCCUCUCAGCUGACACACCUCUCGUCCUCGGCUCUGGCGCCUCCACUACGCCCGUCAUACUGCAAACAUCAGGCAUCCACCCCGUGCUCGUUAUAGGCUCGAGCACCACAACACUGAAUCUGCCGACUUCGACUCCUACCACAACCACACCUCUAGCGAUUACGAUCGGCACGCAAACAAUAACAGCCAAUGCGCAGGGCCAAUAUCUCAUAGGCAGUCAAAUGCUAACGCCUGGUGGCGAGAUCGUCGUGGGUGGUACGACGGCGCCAGGAGGAACGGUUGCGGUAGGUGGGACUACGGUUUCGUUAGCGCCGAGCGCGACGCAAGCUGUGGUUGGGACGAGCACGGAGGGAUUGGCGCCUUAUAUAGUAGGCGGGCUGGGUACGGGACCAAACGGUACGGGGGCGGUACAGUUCUUGGGUGUCGCGGGGGCCAAAGUCAAGUGCUGGGGGUCGAGAUAUCUCGUUGGGAUGUUUGCUGGGGUCGCGGGAAUAUCAUGGUUGUUUUGA